CAGCGGGCUGAACUAGGGAAUAAGCCCCCGUAAGUGUCGCCCGGACGCAGCGACGCAGCUUCUCCAGGAGUCAGCUCCCCGCCCCGCCUGGUGGAAGCUCCGGGAACCUGCGGGGUCGAGUGGGAGGGUUUACGAUUUAACAGUGCCAUUUCCGGGAGGCGGAGCUCAGGCACCCAUUUUCUUUCUCGCUGCUGAGCCUCAGUGCUUUGGAGACCCCACGUCGACCCCCUUGAGCAGCCUGUCCGGGCCCGGCCGCAGCAUGGGCGGCGCGCGGGACGUGGGCUGGGUUGCGGCAGGCCUGGUCUUGGGCGCCGGCGCCUGCUACUGCAUUUACAGACUGACCCGGGGCCAGCAGCGGGGUAGCGGUGGGCGCUGGCUUCGCCCUUCGCGGUCCGCAGAAGACUUAACCAGUGAUUCAUGUGAUGAUGUUCUAAAUGCUGAACAACUUCAGAAACUCCUUUACCUGCUUGAAUCAACUGAUGAUCCUGUAAUUAUGGAAAGAGCCUUGGUCACUCUGGGCAACAAUGCAGCCUUUUCAGCUAACCAAGCUGUUAUUCGUGAAUUAGGUGGUAUUCCAAUUGUUGGAGACAAAAUCAAUAAUCCAAACCACAGUAUUAAAGAGAAAGCUUUAAAUGCACUAAAUAACCUGAGUGUGAAUGUUGAAAAUCAAAUCAAAAUAAAGGUAUACAUCAAACAAAUCUGUGAGGAUGUCUUCUCUGGUCCCCUGAACUCUGCUGUGCAGCUUGCUGGACUGAGAGUGUUAACAAACAUGACUGUUACCAAUGACCACCAGCAUAUGCUGAAAAGUUACAUUACAGACCUGUUCCAGGUGUUACUUACUGGAAAUGGAAACACGAAGGUUCAAGUGUUGAAGCUGCUUUUAAAUUUGUCUGAGAACCCAGCCAUGACAGAAGGACUACUCAGUGCCCAAGUGGAUUCAUCAUUCCUUUCCCUUUAUGACGGCCAUGUAGCUCAGGAGAUUCUUCUUCGAGUACUCACACUAUUUCAAAAUAUAAAUAACUGCCUCAGAAUGGAAGGUCAGUUAGCUACUCAGCCUCCUUUCUCUAAAGGUUCAUUGUUUUUCCUGUUAUAUGGAGAAGAAUGUGCCCAGAAGAUGAGAGCUCUAGUUUAUCAUCAUGAUGUGGAUGUGAAAGAAAAGGCUCUAACAAUAAUACCAAAAUUCUGAUUGGUUGAUCAUAUUUUUCCAAAGAGUAAUGCAGUCUGGAAGUUAAUACUCCGAAAAUUAUUUUCCAUUUUCCUUAUAGAGGGAUUCUUUCAGCUAUUGAAUUCGAGCAGCAAAUAUCACUUUUCAUCUUUAACACAGUACAGGUGGAACAUCUCUAAUCUGACACAAUGCUCAAAAUUUGAGAUUCUGGAGCAUUUUGGAUUUGGGGUUUGGGGAUUAAGAAUGUUUAACCAGUAAGUCAAUUAUGCAAAUAUUCCAAAGUAUGAAAAACUCCAAAAUUUGAAAUACUGUUCUCAAGUAUUUCAGAUAAGGAAUACUCAGCCUGUAUAACUUGCUGUGGUUUGCAGGCUUAUUUUGGACCAUUUAUUGAUACCAAGUGAAUAUAAGAGCUUGAACUAAGACCAGUUAUUUCACUA